UGUGAUGUGAGUCACACAUUUGACCAAAACUCUUUAAGCCAUGAGUGUCAUGGUGGGUUUUCACUGCUGUCCUUUCUCUCAGAAGAAAUCAUGGACUUUGCUUAUGUUUACUUUGCAAUUCAAGGAUUUGAUCACCACAUUUUUAAAGCUGCUCUGACUGCGGGUGCUCUGUUUUUAUGCGUGGUGUUUGUUUUUCCCUCUUCCUGUAUAUAAGAAGAAACGGCGGCAGGGCAAAUUCCAGCCCUUCAGAAGACUGUUUGGGAAGAAGAAGAAACGGGAAGCUAAAGGGGGCUUUGAUGGAGCAGAGCUAAAAGCGAGUUUUUCUACUGGGGAAGUAUGCAAUGGAGUUGUUUCUGACGAUGAGGAGCCCAAUCAAAAUCUGAGAGAGUUGAAUCCCAUCGGAUCUCGAGCUCUCUCACACGACAGCAUCUUUAUCCCAGAGGAGCCUGUGACCGAGCCCAGUCUAGACCACACCAUGUCCCAGGAAAACGUCUCUGAUAAAGUUCGGAAUCUGCAGAGGCAGAUAGCACAAAGUAUAAAGUUCGGCCAGAAACCUCCCUCUCUGAGGAGGAGUGAGGGAGAUGAGGGCAGUUCAGAUGAGGAGGAGGUUCCCCAGAGCCCUCUGAAGGUGAUGGCACAGGUGGAAGUAGAGCCAGCAAAAACAGAGCCAAAGCAGGUCCAGGAGACCCAACAAGCAGGAUCGCACAGCACCCCAGUGAAGUCCCUGAGGUCCAAACGAGUUCUUCCACCUACUGGUACGAUCGAGUCUAUCAACCUGGAUGCUGUCCCGCAGUCUGUUCCUCGCUUAGACAACACCGCUGCCAAGCAUAAACUGUCCGUCAAACCGAAAAAUCAGAGGGUUUCCCGCAAACACCGGCGGUUCACACAGGAGAUCCAAGAGGUAUCUAUGCCUGGUGUGCUGCAAGAGGACUUCGAGGCAGCAGGUGUCUCCACAGUUGAUCAGCGCAGGACAUCUGUUGAGGAGUCGCUUGAAAGCUUCAAGAAACAAAGACUCCAUGAGGAGGAAAGACAAGAAACAAAAAAGAAGUUGGAGGAACAGAGGUUCAGACAGGAGGAAGAGGAGAGGAGGAAGAGAGCAGAGGAGCUGAGGCUGCAUGAACUGGAGGAGGAGAGGUGUCGUAAACAGCAGGAGGAGGAGCGCAUCCGUAAAGAUGAGGAAGAAAGAAGGAUUAGGGAGGAGGAAGAGAGAAGGAUUCAGGAGGAGGCAGAGAGAAGGAUUCGGGAGGAAGAGGAGAGAAGGAUCAGGGAAGAGGUAGAAAGGAGGCGGCGAGAGGAGGAAGAGCAGAUGCGGAAAGAGGAAGAGGAAAGGAGGAUGAGAGAAGAACAGGAGCGCCGACAGCGGGAGGAGGAGGAGAGGAGACGACUUGAAGAGCAGAGGAGAAAAGAUGAGGAGAGAAAGAAGCGGGAGGAGGAGGAGGAGGCAAGAAGGCAGGAGGAGCUUGAGGCUGAGCGUCUACGUUUGGAGAAGCUAAGAGAGGAGGAGGAAAGGAAGAAAAAGGAGGAAGCAGAAAAGCAGAGGUUGCAGGAGAUUGAAGAAAAGAAAAAAAUAGAAGCAGAGGAGAGAAUGAGAAAGGAGGAGGAGGAGCAGAGGAGGCUGUCUGUAGAGGAUCCAGAUGGCAGCUCAGAUCCACAGGAGAGGCAGAGGAGAGCUGAGGAGCUGCGCUGGAGAGAGAUGGAGGAGAGACAGAGGCCUUUCUCUUUCAAAGUUUCCUCUGGAGAAAAACAGAUUUUGUUCCAAAAGGUCAACCUGACGCCCGUUACGCCGACCUCCAGCCACCAGAGCAGUGCUGCCGCUGAUCAGAGAGAAGGUGCUAAGGUCUCCUCCUCUGAAGGACCAGACUCCCCCAACUUGCCAACAUCUCCAUAUGUCCCCCACACAGCCAUUCUGGUGACAGGCGCCCAGCUUUGUGGAACAGCUGUCAAUUUGGACCAGAUCAAAGACACCGCCUGCAAGUCUCUGUUGGGUUUAGGAGAGGAUAGAAAGGCCCAGGGAACACCGCCAACCAAGAGCAAGACUUCACCAGACCGCAAGUCUGGCAAAACCAAAUCACUCAAUGAGUCCUCUCCCACUACAGACCAGUCCAGUGCUGACGUCCUGGCAGAGUGGGCUAGUAUCAGAUCGAAGAUAUUCAAGGGGGUAGAAGAAGGAAAGUAUGAAGAGUACCCAGAGUCGAGCAAAAACCAGCCUCAGCCCAGCAGUGAAGAACAGCCUGUGUUCGCCCACACGAACCUCAGGAAGACAAUGUCAGCCAGCGCCAAGUUCUCCAUCACCCCCGCAAAGAAGAAGUUCGGAGAUUCAAACAGAAACUCUGAGGUGUUCACUACAGAUGAGAAAGAAGCAGGAGAGGAAAUUCCUCCAUCUGAUAGCCCUACUGCAUCCUCACCAACACCAACCAGUAAACCUCAGAACAGGACCAGUAAAACUGUCCGUAUUGUAGAAAGAGGGUCAGAGGAAUGUAUGUUUGCCAAAGACCUCCCCUCUUUCCUGGUUCCCAGCCCUGGAGACAAACCUGAGGGGCAAGAAUUGAGGAGCAGGGGACACAGUGAGACAGAGGCACCUGAAAGCAAAGAGGAGGGAGAGGAGCGGGGCUCAGGCAGUGAAGACAAGCCCUCACCUUUUGGCAUUAAGCUGAGGAGGACCAACUACUCCCUCCGCUUUCACAACGAACAGUCCACAGAGAAAAGGAAGAAACGCUACAGUGCAGGAGACAGCUUUGAUGGCGUCCCUUCACCUCUCACCCCCAUCGAGCCAGACUCUGAUGCUUCCUCUGUCUUUUCUGACAGAUCAAGUCCCACAUCGCCUCAGAGAGAUUGUGUGAUCGGCAAAUACUUACAUGCAUGUGCCUCCCCUAUCCCCCGUGCUAAAUCAGUCAAGUCUACCAGCCCGACCGCACACAGUGAAGGCGAAAAGGUGGUUUCAAAGCCACCGCUCUACCGAAGACCAGCCACGUCACCCAAACCUACUGGAGCAACCCCAACACCUCCCCCAUCGCCGUUACCUAAAGUGGUCCAUGGCUCUCCCGGUGAGGCCACAGUUCUGAGAACUGGGGGCGCAGAUUCACCCAGCCAGGAGCAGCCAAACAGGAGCGAGGAACCAUCAGCGGUGGCCCAGUUGCAGAGGAGCAGCCAUGGCCAGAUCCAAGGGGAAGAAGAGCCGAAGGAGAAGAGAUCCUUCUUCCCCUCCAUUAACAUCCCCUGGAGAGAGAAGGUGGACAGAAAGACAGAGCUCAUGAAAAGAGAAAAACCAUCACUACAGAGCAGGCACUCACUCGACAGUGCGAAGGUCCAGGAGAAGGAAGCUGGGCCGUUAUGGAUCACACUGGCGCUGCAGAAGCAGAAGGGUUUCAGGGAGCAGCAGCAGAACCGAGAGGACCGCCGUAGCCAAAGAGAGGCCAAACUGGCAGAAAAACACUCAAAAGAUAGAGACAGCGUUACGCUGGUGAGCCCCACAGAGAGCAGAGGAAGUGGAAGUACCAGUCCCAGCUCUAAACCUCAGACACCAGAGGAGCCCAAGAGACCAGACAGCCUCCUGGGAAGAUUUGAGCGUCGGGACCACCUGAAAAAAGCCAACACUUUACCCAGUUCUGUCACUGUUGAGAUUGCGGACUCUACACCGUCGCCACCUGCUGUCAAGGAGGUGUCAAAGCGCUUCCCCUCCAGUGACUCUCCGCAGGUGUCCACAGAGCCGGCCUGGCUAGCCCUGGCCAAGCGAAAGGCCAAAGCCUGGAGCGACUGUCCUCAGAUCAUCAAAUAACACCAUCAGCAGCAACCCCCUCCCCCAAACCCCAACUCCACACUGGGCUCUGGCCUGCAUCGAGACUGCACACUGCCCCUGAGUCAGCAUUACCUGUCCUCCCCUCCCAAACUCCAGAUGUCAUCACUCAACAUGAAAACUCUCCUGACUGUGAAACAAGUAGAGCCCUCCAUCACCUCGUAACCUCCACCCUACACUGGCUGGUACUAUUAUCAUGUAAAAGUGCGCUUCGCAUUCAAAUACUCCAAUACAAUCGCACAGAUAUAUGUAAACAAUUGUUGCGAGCAUGUGCAUACUGUAUACAAACACACAAAGUAUAUGUACCAAAAGACACAGAUAGAAUGAACAAGUCGCAGUCAGGGACUGCAGUCCUCAGCAGCCAAUCACAACCAUGGCUGGCCAACCCAUUUUUGUUUUUUUAAAAUUUUGUAGCCAACUGUGUCACCGUGGUUGUAAAUACAUAAUUCACUAAACACAAUAUGAGGUGAGACACUUCUGUAUUAGAGGUGAAGCUUUGACGUAUGACAGUGUUUAAUCAACAGAGGGUAACUGUCUGAAUCGUAUUUUAAGGGCUACCAGAAACAAUAACUCGACAUGACCCUGUUGAAUCUGCUUGGUGACAGCUGAUGGAAGUGUUACAGGCGUCUUCUCUGCCGUAUUCUCUUGUUGGUAUUAUUUAUGUGAAGGAACGAAUUUAUCCAUGUUGAAACAAUACUGUAUAUCUCUUCUCUGAGCCUUGUUUGUCAUGUACAAAAGAAGCCUUUUUUCUUUUCUUUUUUUUUUUACUCAUACUCAAAACCUUAGCAUAACAAUGCUCACUGUGUCCGUGACGACUGUGAUAGCUUUCCAAGAAGCUAUUGAACAAUUUGCCAUUAUGAAGUAACUAGAAUCUGUUUGUAAAGCAGCACUAAACAGACUCUGUCAUAUUCACACACGGUGGGUGCACCUAAACACAGCACUGAAGACCACAAGUGUUACUGGGCAUUUACAGUGAACUGCACAUUACACUCACUGCUGUGUGAUGACGUAACUUGGAUUUUUUGCUUUGCUUAUGGAGACAGACACUUCCUGCUUGCUGUAACAUACAAUUCCUGUAACACACUUGUGUUUGUAGGCUUAUGCCAUCACUUCCUCGUAAAUGUGAUAUGAUCUUACAUAAUGUAAGCAUUUCCUCGAUGAAAAGAAAAGAACAAAAAACAAAACUCCAGCAUUCUCAUUUCCUGCCACUCACUUAAUGAUCUGUAUGUAUGUAAGUAUGUACUGUAUGUAAGUCAAAGGCGUUAACAGAGCUUUGGUCAGAAAGAGGCCUGAGUCACUUUGUCAUUUUGUUUCUAACUUUGGUCGUGCACAAUAGUGUAGUGUACGCAGUGUUAUAUGUAACAAAAAAAUGUUUGGUAUUAUUUGCACUUUUUUGUCCC